AUGAUAAAAUUUGCAGAUGACACAAAAAUUGGGGGAGUGACGGGGACAAGAGCCCAUAUGGGGGCAGGCACUGUUGGGGUAGGGAUGGGACUGCCCAGGCUGCCGAUGCGGACAGGGCACCAGGGCUGGCUGGCAGGGCGAGGGCUGCGGGGGCACCAGGGCUGGCUAACUGCCCAGCUCUGUCUUGCCAUCGGCCUGUUCCUGGCAGAGGUGGUGGCCAGCCGGGUCACAGGCUCCCUGCUGGCUCUCUCCUGCUCACUCCAGACGCUGGGGAUGGUGCUAGCACUGGGGGUGGCUCUGCUGGAUGGCCAGCUGGCCUGCGGAGCACACCCCGAUUGCAGGAACACCUUCGGAUGGGUGCGGGCCCGGGUGGCAGGGACCCUGGUGUGUGGCGUGUUCCUGACAGCACUGUGCCUGGCCCUGCUGCCCAGGGCACUGCACCGGGCAGGGCACCCCCAGGUGACAGAGCGGCCCCUGGCACUGGUGGGAGUCGGGGCUGCUGGGCUCCUCAUUCAUCUUGCCAGGGUGAGGCUGGAUGGGCAGCACCAUCCCGCUCGAGCAAAGAGUCCCCACUGCGGCCAUGCCAGCACCAGCAGAGAGGGCGCAGCCACAGGCAGAUCUGCCCAGGAGACACAAGACCUGCUGGGGAACAGGCAGCCUUGGCUAGAGGACGGGUGCUUGCCUGCAGAGGAGUCUGGUGCCUGGCUGGCUCUCUGCCUUCACCUCCUGGCUGCCUCCCUGGGCCCUGCCACCGUGCUGCUAUAUUCACUUGCCUUCCACCUGCUGUGGCCCCCAUGUGUGGAGCAAGUGGCCUGCCUGCCCCCCUGCACUGGGAUGCCAUGCUGGCCCCUGGGCAGCCCUGCGCCAGCCCUGGCAGAGCUGGGGCCCUGCUGGCUGCUGUACCUGGACCCUGGGCUCUGUGUGGUUGUGGUGCUGGCUUUGAUCCUUUUGGGUGCCCCUUCCCUGCGGGGCUCUGCCCUGGUGCUGCUGCAGGCUGUGCCCGACCAUCUGGACCUAGGGCGACUUGAGUCGCAUCUGAGGAGCACGGAGGGGGUGGCAGCCCUGCAUGAGCUCCAUGUCUGGCAGCUGGACAGUGCCUACAGCCUGGUGGCCACGGCCCAUGUCUGGUGCCUCGACACUGCCUCCUACAAGGCUGUGGCCAGGAGGAUCCAGCAGGUGUUCUGGGAACAUGGGAUCCACACAGCCACGGUGCAGCCCGAGUUCGGUGCACUUCAGGGACCGUGCUGCAUGGCAGCAGGUGGGGGUGAUGGCUGCAUGGAGGGGGGUGAGGCCCCCAGGAAGAGGCACCCGUCACUCCCAUUCUCCAGCCCCACGGUGAUCCUGGAGUACGAGACCACAGUGUGA